AGUCUGAAAAGAUCCCUGUCAUGCGUGGCCAGUGGUUUAUUGAUGGGACUUGGCAACCUCUGGAAGAGGAGGAAAGUAAUUUAAUAGAGCAGGAGCAUCUCAACCGCUUCAAAGGCCAGCAGCUGCAGGAGAGCUUUGAUAUGGAAAUAUCCAAACCUGUUGAUGGGAAGGAGGCCAUUCACAGCCUAAAGCUGAGCCGUAACCAUGUGGACUGGCACAGUGUGGAUGAGGUGUAUCUGUACAGUGAUGCCACAACAUCCAAAAUUGCAAGGACUGUCACACAAAAAUUGGGGUUUUCCAAAGCUUCAAGCAGUGGGACAAGGCUACACAGGGGCUAUGUAGAAGAAGCCACGUUAGAGGACAAGCCACCCCAGACCAGCCACAUUGUGUUUGUUGUGCAUGGCAUUGGGCAGAAAAUGGACCAAGGAAGGAUCAUCAAAAACACAGCCAUGAUGCGAGAUACAGCGAGAAAAGUGGAAGAAAAAUAUUUUUCCAACCUUGCAACGCACGUGGAAUUCCUUCCAGUGGAGUGGAGAUCAAAGCUGACCCUCGAUGGAGACACUGUGGACUCCAUAACCCCGGAUAAAGUGCGGGGUUUGAGGGACAUGCUCAACAGCAGUGCCAUGGACAUCAUGUACUACACCAGCCCUCUCUACAGGGAUGAGCUGGUGAAGGGGCUGCAGCAGGAGCUGAACCGCCUCUACUCCCUGUUCUGCUCCCGGAACCCCGAGUUCGAGGAGAAGGGAGGGAAGGUCUCCAUCGUGUCCCACUCCCUGGGCUGUGUCAUCACCUACGACAUCAUGACUGGCUGGAAUCCAGUCAGGCUCUAUGAGCAGCUGCUGCAGAAGGAGGAGGAGGAGCUGGAGGAGAGUUGGAUGAGCUACGAGGAGCGGCGUCUGCUGGAGGAGCUUUACCUGACCAAGCAACGGUUGAGAGAGAUAGAAGAGAGGUUACAUGAGUUAAAGGCAUCCACCAUAUCAAAACCACCUGUCUUAAAAUUUAAGGUUGAGAAUUUCUUCUGUAUGGGAUCCCCCCUGGCCGUGUUCCUGGCCCUGCGUGGGAUCCGUCCCGGCACCAGCGGCAGCCAGGACCACAUCCUGCCCAGAGCCAUCUGCAACCGCCUGCUGAACAUCUUCCACCCCACAGAUCCAGUGGCCUACAGAUUAGAACCCUUAAUCCUGAAACACUACAGCAACAUCUCACCUGUGCAGAUCCACUGGUACAACACAGCCAACCCCCUCCCCUACGAGCACAUGAAGCCAAGUUUCCUGAACCCCAGCAAAGAAGCUACCUCAGCCCCGGAGAGCGAGAGCGCCUCGGCGGCGCCCAGCCCCCAUCGGGAAGGGCCUCGGUGGGAUGCUCUUCUCCAGGUUUGGCAGGUCCAGUGCCACCCCCCAGACCAUGGAGACAGGAAAAGAUGGCCCUGAGGGGGAUGAGAAGAAGGCCACGACUGUUGGGACCCCACCUCUGCCCCACAGCAGCUCGGGGUUCCUCGAACCCACAGUGGAACUGGAGCACAGGAUCGACUUUGAGCUCAGGGAAGGUCUGGUGGAGAGCAGAUACUGGUCUGCAGUCACGUCCCACACUGCUUACUGGUCAUCUCUGGAUAUUGCCCUCUUCCUCCUCACCUUCAUGUACAAGCAAGACCAAGAAGAGACUGACAAAUCCAAUUUAGACACUCUCUGAAUCUUGGACUGAGGGCAGGAGAGGAAACUUGAAAAACCAAUGGCACAAAGCAGAUGUUUGACUGCAGAGCUGCAGGACCAGUGGCAUGGAGGUUUCAGGUUUAAGUGCAUGUUUGGGGGGUUUUCCUAUUUCUAAAGAGGAGAGGUUAUUUGUAUUUCAAAGCACUUUAUAGUUUUCAACGUUUUGCAGUGCUGAAUUAGACCUGAAAGGGUUCCAAAUUCCUGUCAACAUGGGCUGUACAAAGAGCCAAGACAGCAUUGUAGCAUCCCAUGAGCAGUUGUGCUUGGGUGACAUCCUUGUUAAUGACCAUAAUUGCUGUUUAGUUCAUUAAAAUAUUUUAAAAAAAUUAGUGGGUUAAUAAAAAAAAACAAAACAAA